UUUCAUUUUGCAAAGCCCUAAUCCUUUCAUUUUGUAAUAGCCCUAAUUUUUCAGCUGUUCUCCACUUCCCAUUCAUAUUCCAGACAUCAUCUAGCCAUCAUCUAGCCGGGAAUGCAGAAACAGCAAUUCAGAGGAAACAACCAAAGCAGUAAACAAGAUCCUCCUAAUUUCACGUGAAGGGGAAGAAGUGCUUCGAGUGGGUUUGAUUUGAGAUCAGGAGGAAAUAAUCGAUCUUAGCUAGGAUUGUUGGAACAAGUUUUGUCUGAUUUCGUUUUUCAGGAAGGAUAAAUAAUAAGUUGACAAUGAAACGAACGGUUAGUGAAGUGGAAAAAGUGAGUGAAAAAAAUACCGAAGCUUCAACUUCAAAAUCAUCCCAACCACCGCUGAAGAAGAGACGGGGUCCGACACGAUGCAAGAAUGUCAUAGACGCGAAAACCUUAUUCCCUUUAAGGGUUAAUAAGUUUGGACAGCCGAUCGGUCCUAGGAGUGGUACAUAUACUAAUUAUCUGGGAACACUUGCCCGGAAGGGUGAAUUAGCUCCUUUGUGCUACAAAACUUGGUAGGAGAUGCCUAAACGGCUGAAGGAGGAUAUGUUGAACAUUGUAAAGGGAAAAUAUAAUGUGGGAAUCAUGACAAAACAGUGGACAAUAUCCUCCAUAGGAAAAAAAUGGAGGGGGUAUAAGUGUGAGUGGAAAAAUGAAUACUACUCAAUUAGGGAUACAGAUGAAGAAAGAUUGGCAAACCCACCACCUAAUGUUGAAAAGGAGCAUUGGGAAUUUUUGGUUAGGCAUUGGGGUACGCCUAUAGCGAAGGAGGUCAGCAAAAAAAAUAAAGAAUGUCGUGGGAAGCAGAUAAUGAUGCAUACUACAGAGACAAAAAGCUUUGCACGUGUUUCUGCCGAGAUUGAGGAAGACGAAGGUAUUCAGCUUUCUCGUGCAGAUUUAUUCAUCCGCACACAUGUAAAUAAGGAUGGCAAAGCUACUAAUGCUGCUACUUCGGAGAUGAUUGAGGAGGCACAUGCUACACGUGUAGAGUUGCAGGAGACGAUUUCAAAAAUGCAAGCCGACUAUGACAACAAGUUAGAAAAUUUACGAGCCAAGUACGACGACAAGUUGAAAAAUUUACAACAACAGGUGGCUAUGCUAAUGCAGAUGCAAGAACAAAAUUGUAGUGGACAGGAUUCUGAUUCUUUAAAUGCUCCUCCUAGAGUAUCCCCAAAUCCAUUUUUUAGUUGUGAUGCCAAUUCAGUUAAGGAUAAUUCAAAUCAAAUGGGCAAGAAGACUUGUUGAAGUUGAAGUUAAAGUUGAAGAUGGGGUCGUGGCUGUGCUUUUUGAAUUUCCUUCGCCUUGGAUGGGUUCUUUUUGAAAAACUUGUAUUACAUUUGUUAAAAAUUCUUAAUUCUUUUUGUGUGACAUUUAAUACCUUUAUCUAGACAAUUUGGAUGGUAUUUUCAUAUUGGCAGGUUAACUUGUGGUUGUAUUAGUAUACAUUUUUUACUAACUUAACUUGUGGUGGUAUUAGUAGUCAAUUUCGAUGGUAUUUUUCAUAUUGGCAGGGUUAACUUGUAGUUGUUUGUAAAAACAAUUUGGAUGGUAUUUUUAUAUUGACUUGUGUUAGGAUGCAUUUAGUAGCCGUGAAGAAAUUUUUUCCAAAUACAAUAAUGGGAAAAAAAAAAUGUAAAUAAUUUUACCAAUGCUCUUUUAAGAAGCGUUGGCAUAGGGAAAAAAAAUAUUAAAAGAAAAAAAUUUCAAAUAACCCUUUACCAGCGCUUUUCCAAAAAGCGCUGGCAUAGGGGGGAAAAAAAUAUAUUAAAAAAAAAAAAAUUCAAAUAUUCCUUUACCAGCACUUUUUCCAAAAGCGCUGGUAAAGGCUCUUUACCAGUGCUUUUCCAAAAGCGCUGGUAAAGGCCUACCGACACUGGAUUUACCAGUGCUUUUAAAGAAGCGCUGGUUAAGUGCUGGUAAUUCAAUUACCAGCGAUUUUUAAGGCUUUUACCAGCGCUUUUGAGCGCUGGU